GAGUGUAUUCAUUAGCGCGAAACUUGAGUCCCAUAACACAAUUUUCAAGGGAAGAAAGUGAGGUGGGGAACAUUGCUGACUUCUGAUGUACGUCAAGUGCGUGGCGUGUGCUCGACAAGGUGUGCAGCCCCUGUUAAUUUUCUACCCCCUGGAAAAACGAUCAGAACCGGGUCGGACCAUUGCUACACGCCGGAUUAUUUGGCCAUGCAUUCACCUUGUCCAAUCGAUCAUCAGAUGUCCAAAAGCCCACUGGCUAACAAUCGUCGACUCCCGGUGGCCCACGUCUCGCCAUUUGUGGAGUACACACAUGCAUUCCGGCGUGCUCUUAAGAUGGGGGACCAGAAUCGCACACGUGGAUCCCCUCCGGCACCAGUGGAGUUCUUCGAAUCCCUUUGGCAUCACUUUUCUCCACACUCAGAUGGCAUGUGUGACCGAAUUUUUCGCUUGGCUCCCACGCAGUAUCAGGCGCAGUCCGCCAGAUACGUCCGCGUCCACCACCUCCAUACCAUACGCUGGGUGGGACACCAACGAGUCGGACCCACCAGCAGUCUUGGCAUCUGGGGUGUUCUCAUUUCGGUUUCUAUCGCGCAGUCGUUCAGUUUACGGUGGUGGACUGGUCCUCACGGUACUCAGACGAUCUCUGGGCAAUAGCCUGUGAUCGAUCUUGUUCUUGUUCCCAAUGGUAGUUCAAUUCUGUUAUUUCUAACUUGGGUAAGGGAUUUUUGAACAUGCCAUUGACAAACCGCACCCCUGUGGCUUUUGCGGAAGGUUCUUUGGGAACUUAAGUACUUCGCCUCGAGGCUAGCGCACGGCAGCAUGUUAUUUCGAAUGGAAUUUUGCUCUGUUCGAGAGCAACUCGCUCUCGCAAGACGCCUCCUCGGUUCACUUAACAUCCCAUUCAUCUCCCCGCUUGAGGGGAGUACUGGCUGUCCACAUGGACUUUCAGAAGUGGUCUUUUGAACUCGCUGAUCGCAUGUAUCUUAUCAGUUGAUCAACAAAGUUAAUUCGGAUUAGAC